AAUAUCAAACCGAAGACCAGGCUUUUUUCUUCCUCUUCUUAUUCCCUUUCCUCUUGGCAGGGCUUGUAGAGUUAUACCCUCCUGUGCAAGGAUAGAACAGCUCACAGCAGCAGGGGUGGGGAGGUAGUUUGCGGCAAACAGGCUAGGAUGCAAAUGUCACGACUCCUACCUCCCCCAAUAGCCUACUCAAGAUCGCGACUGUACCCAUCCUUCAAGGAAGCCGACACAUCCUUCUCUUCCAAAAUCGAGCGUCUACGGCCUACAGAUGCUCCCACUCUAGUUGUCGAAUCGGGCUAUUCCAAGUCCUUACGUCACCUUCGUGCAGAUGCAAGCUGGUGGCUUCAAAUCCAAGAAGGGUGACGUUCAAGCAGUUUUGAUCAUCAAAGUCAAGCACCAAGACUUUGAGAUUAUCCUUGAGCUUUGGAAGCUAGGUCUACUGUAUUAAAGGCCUGUAGCGUUAAUUGCAAAGAAAAUCUGUGUACUUUAAUCUUGCCUAUCCAGGCUGUCUUCAAGACCAGGCCCUCUUCUUUGAUCUUUUCCAUGACGAAAAUGCUGCCAACCUGCCUGCUAUGGAUCUGGCUGGCGAGACAGGCGGAGGCGUGUCAGGACGGCUACAGAGCCAAUUAGAAGUUGACAUAGUUCAUGGUACACAUCUAGAGCUUGCCUUGAGUACGGCUCCAGCUUGCUCUCAGCUUGCUCGGCCCUAUGGGAC